CACGUCGGUUCAACUGGCUAAGAUCUAGUAGUACACUGCGUUGGGCGAGGUCGUAAAGCAUGGCCUUGUUCUACGACUACAAUGUGGCGGUGCCUGCCAACUUGCGGCAGAUCUGCUCGGUCUGGGGGGAGCUGGAUCCUGUGCUUGCCGUCGCAUUGGAGAAUCGAGAAAUUCAUUUCUUUACGGAUGAGGGUGAAAAGCAGCAAGGGCUGGAGAGCUACUCGCGCAGUGCCGAUAUCGUCACGAUGGCCUGGCAGCCUCGUGGUGGGGCAUUAGCAGUUGGUUGGAGCGAUGGCAUGGUCUCACUGUGGAUAUUCAAGGAGCAAACAGCACGCGAAGUCAAUUCUCCGCACACGAGCCGCGUGUGCUUGUUGAAAUGGGCCCCGGCGGGUAACAGACUUAUGUCUGCCGACGAGAACGGAGUGUUCGCCGUUUGGAAAGUCGACAGUCGCUGCCAACUCACACUCAGCACACAAUACGCGCGUCAGGGUAGCUUCACUCAUUGUGUUUUUGCCACACGACCCGCUCUAUCGAAGGACAGCAACAUCAAAAACGACUACUUUUCCCAGCAUUCCUGUCCGCAGUUCUUUUAUGGUGGUGAAGCAGGAUCUGUGCACUAUGCAGACGAUCUAGGACAUAUUUCGGACAUUCAGGUUCUAAAUCACGCGAUCGACUCGAUGAUGUUUUACGAAGAACAGAACCGCCUUUUAGUCAUCACGCGGGCAGUGCAGCUUAUUGUGUACCAAAUAGGAGCGACAGACGGCACGGUGAAGCCCAUUACUAAGGUCAAACUGAGUCUUGCAGGAGAAGGAUCACUGCUUGAAACCAAGUGGGCUAGCCCGGGGUUACUAGCAAUCGCAUCUGGUGAACCUUUAGUGCGAUUCUGGAACAUUCGCACCGAAGAGAACAGCGUAUUGAGUCUACCAAAGUCCAGUGGACUUAAUUACAACGUCAACAACUUGACUUUUUCGCCACGUAGACGUAUCCUCGUGGCUGGUACGGCUCAAGGAGCAGUGUUUUUCUGGCGCGCCACGUCCUUUAUUGACACCAACGCGCAGGGUAACGCAGACUCAGUAAAUGUGUCAUUUCGUUGGGACCUUCUCUUCACAGCGGAAGUAGGGCGCGCUAUCACACGCAUUGGCUGGAGUAAUGCACACCCUGCUAUAUAUGCUAACACUGUCGAAGGUGUGGUCAUUUUGCAUGAAGGCAACAUGCAGCGUGCACUUUGUGGAGAUACCGCAGUAAUUCAAGUACGACCCAAGACGCUUUCUAUCGAGAAAUUCCAAGAUGGAGCGCACUCUGGAGUGACUAUCACGCAGUCGAUGCUGGAGGCAUCACUGCGUGUCAAGGGUGUUUCGCACGAUGGAUCAAUGCUCGUGGCUUGGAACGGUUCGAAAGCCGAAGUAUACGAGAUGAAGGACGGUGACGUCAAGAUGAUUAAUCAGUUCAAGUGUUUUUCGAGCUCAAUGGUGUUAAGGGGCGAAUCAAUCUACCGCGCGAAUGGAAAUCACGUCGAAGUCUGCAAUCUUGCAGGAGUUGUGAAGAACACCAUCUCAUUCACAGAGGCCGAGGGCUGUCCGGCGAUGUUAUCUCUUCAAAAUAAAUUCCUUGCAGUAGGCACAGAUCGCGGGCUACUGCGUGUGUUCGACGUAUCUCGUCGUGAUCCUAAAGCUCUAGGAAGUAUGGGCAAUCUCCCCGAAGCUUUCGGUGAAGAGACGAAAUCCGCAGUGAUGCGAGCAAUUUGCAUCAACUCAGACGGCACACGUAUCUGCAUUCUAGCAGACCGCGUUGAAGGUGGUUUGCGAAUGCGAGAGCCACUGAACAAGCUCUUUUUAUUCCAGACGGACCUCAAUAUCUAUCAGCAGUUUGACUUUGGAUCUUCACGCUACCCAGUCUCCGUCUUCUUCGACCCCCAAGAACCUCGAUUGCUUGUCUGUGAGACUGUCAAGACUGCAAAUGAUAAUUUGUCCACCGCAACAGGUGUUAGUCGUCGGGACUUGAAUACCGACGAUGGGCUAGGAGCUGGUGGUGCAGGUGGCAACCGAGGGAGUCAAGUCUCGGACAAGGAAAUCACGAUCAUUUUCGCAUCGAACGAGCACGGUCUCCUCAUGCAGGACAGCUUCGACCUUGAACUAAAGUACGCGGCGUUGCUAGGCAUUCAAGUCCCACGAGUGUAUUUCGUAGCGAAAGUGGACAAUGGCUCUUUGGAUGACUCCACUACUGUGGUGCACGUUGGUCGAACUAAGACCGACAACCCCGUCACGAAAAUUCCGACGGUAUACGAUACUGUUAGCUACCUUCGAACCCAGAUCAUGCGUGACUUCACAGGCCUGGACAAGGUCAACAACGAGGCCAAGCAAGCUUUAAUCGACUUCUGUUACUAUAUGACGGUGGGCAACAUGGAUGAGGCGUACCGCUCAGUCAAACUCAUUGAGAAUCCGUCCGUUUGGGAGAAUAUGGCUCGCAUGUGCGUCAAGACGAAGCGCUUAGAUGUGGCUGAAGUGUGUCUCGGAAAUAUGGGUCACGCUCGUGGUGCAGCUGCCGUGCAAGAAGCCAAGAAGGAACCGGAACUGGAAGUGGCCAUUGCAAUGGUAGCGAUCCAACUAGGCCUGCGCGAUGACGCAGCACGGCUCUACCGUGAGUGUGGACGUUACGACCUGCUCAAUAAACUCUACCAAGCUAGCGGAUACUGGAAGAAAGCUGUAGAUGUAGCAUCCAAACGAGAUCGGAUCCAUCUCAAGACGACGUACCAUGCGUUGGCUCGUCACUAUGAAGAAAUGGGCGAUCUCAAAGAGGCGAUGGAGGCCUAUGAAGAUGCUGGAACUCAUCAAAAAGAUAUCCCACGAAUGCUAUUCAAACUAGGGAAGGUUGAUCUUCUGCAAAAGUAUGUGGCCACUUCUAACAACCGCGAUCUGUUGAUCUGGUGGGCGCAAUUUCAGGAGAGUCAGGGUCAAUUCGAUGCGGCAGUGGAGAGUUAUCAGCGUGCCAAGGACUAUUUGUCCAUUGUUCGCGUUUUGUGCUUCAAGAAGGACUUCCAGUCUGCUGCUAAGGUGGCACAGACCAGUGGAAAUCGCGCAGCAGCUUACCAUUUGGCUCGACAAUUUGAAGCACACAACGAGAUUUCCAACGCGAUCCAUUUCUUCGCAAGCGGUGGUUGCUACAACCACGCUAUUCGCUUAGCCAAGGAACACCGCAUGGAUGCAGAUCUCAUGGGGUUCGCCCUUAUGAGCAAGCCUAACGACAUGCUCGACUGCGCUGCGUAUUUCGAAGAGCAGCGCGAAAUGGAGAAGGCAGUCCAGCUCUACCACAAAGGAGGCAAUGUGGCGAAAGCUCUCGACUUGUGCUUUCAAGCGCAACUCUUUGAAGAGCUGCACCACCUCACGGACGAGCUUAGUGGCUCUGGUAACACAUCUCCUGCGAUUCUCAAGAAAUGCGCUGACUUUUUCAUUGCAAACGGCCAUUACGCCAAGGCCGUGCACUUGUGCUUGAUUGGAAACCGAGUGACAGAGGCACUCGAUGUGUGUAUGCAGCACGACGUACAGGUUACGGAAGAAAUGGCGGAGAAGAUGACUCCACCAAAAGGUGAAGACCCUACGCCUGCAGACAAGAAGAGACGCACGGAGCUACUGCUCAAACUCGCCAAGUGUUGCAAACAACAAGGCUCGUACCACUUGGCCACGAAGAAAUACACUCAAGCUGGCAAUAAACUCAAGGCCAUGAAGUGCCUACUCAAGUCGGGAGACACUGAAAAGGUCGUAUUCUUCGCCAAUGUGUCGCGUAACGCCCAAAUCUUCGUCCUUGCCGCCAACUACUUGCAGAAUCUGGAUUGGCGCAAGGACACGGAGAUUCUCAAGAAUAUUGUGGGAUUCUACACCAAAGCUCGUGCAUUCGAGCAGCUAGCAGCUUUCUACGCUGGUUGUGCUCAAGUGGAGAUUGAGGAGUAUCGUGACUACGAAAAGGCAAUUUCUGCCUUGCAAGAAGCUGUGAAGGUGGUGUCCAAGUCUCGCGCAGAUGGCAAGGAUGCUCUGAUGAAGCGCUACGAGAAGCGUAUUCUACUUAUCGAGCAGUUUAUUGUCGCCCGCCAGCAGGCCAAGCACAACCCGAAGGAGAUGAUGGACAUGGUCACGAAGUUGCUGGACGAGCCUGGUAUCGAAGAAGCUAUUCGUGUGGGUGACGGGUAUGCUAUGUUAGUUGAAGGCUACUACGAGGAGGGCGAGCUGAACAAGAGCUUUGAGAUCAUGGAGGAGAUGAAGCGAAAAGGACUCACACUCAAGUCGUACGUGGACCCUCGAGUAGUGGAGGCCGUUCAAGCGAAGCUAGGAAUGUCUCUGGGAGAUGACAGACGCCGUAGGCCAUCACCGAGCGACUACAAGCAGUCUAGUUCUUCCAGCCGCCCCAGCUCGCGUGAAGCCAAAUCCAGGCAACCAACAAGUCGGCCCAGUUCGCGAGAGGCGCAUAGUAUCCGCCCAGGCUACCGCGAGGCUGCAAUGAGCCGCCCCAACUCUCGCGAGGACAAAAUGCGUCACGGAGACGACGACGAGAUCGAAGAUGAAAUGGAAGAAGAUAUUGCAGAGGACGAGUAAGUAGGCAACUGCGAACACUGACUAGCAACAUAUUUUAUGUUUAGCAUUAUGAACACAAAGCACUUUACGUCGAU